AUGGGCGCUUCCCUCUGCUCGCCGGUCGACGAGCGCUGCACCUGCAGCCUGCAAUCCACGAUCCACACAUGCAGAUUCCCCUUGUGGGCAGUCAAAGUCUCCGACUUCUUGGAGAUGCGGGGUCCGCCGCGGCCGCACCACCUGCUGCAAGAGGAGGGCCUGUUGCAUGAAUGGUUCCCAGGCAUGUUCGUGAUCUUCACUUCGCACCAGUGGUUGAGUUCCACCCACCCAGAUCCACAGGGUCAGCAGAUGGCGGUGCUUCAAAAGGCUCUCCGCGGGAUGAUCGACGGAUCGCUGCAAGUGCAUGAGGACAUCGUGUCCAGGUCUGACGAUAUGAACCUGUCCAAUACUAUUCGUCAGCACAUCGCCGAGGGGUUUCUUUUCUUCGAUUGGUUUGCCAUCCCUCAAAUCACCGUGCGGAAGGAUGGCGUGAAUGAGGAGUCCGUAAAGAGCGAUGCAGCCCUGGCUGUUCAAAGCAUUCCAGCUUAUGUGGAGCUAUCCAAUGUCUUCAUUGCGCUGGUGCCAGAGCUAACGCACAAAGAUUCGUCUGCUUUGGUGAACUACGCAUCGUGGCUGUCUCGUGGGUGGUGUCGCGCCGAACUCUGGUGUCGUCUAUUGUCAAACAAGAUCGACACCACCAUCAUUGUUAUUUAUUCCCCGACCGAAGCCGAAUUUAUGUUCCCACUCGACUGGCAGCACAACAGCAUCGUGGACGGGAGCUUCACAGUAGAAUCGGAUCGGGCCAUCGUCGUUCAGCUUGGAGAGACGGCCGUGGAAAGCAAGAUCCAACACUUGCAGGUUUAUGGCCCCUUGCGGGAUUGCCGUUUCUACUGCGCCUUGCGGCCGAAGCUUCUGUGCCAAGAACGUACCGACAGAACGUUGCAGCAAUUCUUGGAGGACUUCCAGUUUACCAGCCUUGAGGAAGCCGCCGCAGAUGCCAGUAGCAUGAAUGCGGUGAUGUGUGCCAUACUGUCUGGUGACACUGGCAUGCUAACCUUGUUGGCAGAAAGCAGGGCAGACAUGAACCGUCCUAUGUAUGGCCUCAGCGACUUGGGGUUCUAUGACACACAGACACUUCUCAUGGCGGCGACGAAAUCACGUCAAGAUCCGGCUGUGCUCACCAGGCUUGUUGAGCUCCGCGCAGACCCCAAUGGUCGUGCUAGGACAGGGCUUUCGUCCUUAUACAUGUGCCGAUCACCCGGACAUGUGAGGGCGUUGCUCGAGCAGAGAGCAGAUGUGGCACACUCCGCAUUGAACGGUGCAGCAUCCUUCGCUGGUCCAGACACGAUUCGAGAGCUUUUGAAGCACCGGUGCGAUCCGAGCGAUAUCGGAACUGGAAGAUAUGGACCAUUGCAUGCAGUUGCCCUGUUUUCACGGAGCAAUCGGCAUGCCGUAGAGACUGCCAGACUUCUUCUGGAGAAUCGUGCAAACGUCAACGCACGCUCCACUCCACGUGGCGAGUUCUUGUGGGAAUGCAGGAAGGCCCGUGUGCAGGUGGCGGUUCUUGGGUUUGCCAACAGCAACAUGAUGACUCGCCUGCGGGCCUCAAU